AUGGACUAUGGCUUCCCGCCGGCGAGAGGAGGGAGGGGGGCUCCUUCCAUGUUCCCGAGGAAGCUCUACCAGAUCCUCUGCGAGACUGACCCGGAGAUAAUCACGUGGGACGACGACGGGAAGAGCUUCCACAUCGCCAACUACGAGGAAUACAUCGAGGGCGUCAUGCCACUCUUUUACCGUCACAACAAGCUCACGUCCUUCCAGCGCCAGCUCAACCUGUACGGAUUCAAGAAGAGGGGCAGGGACGAAAAGAACCCGGGCCACUACUACCACCCGUACUUCCAACGAGAUCGCCCGGAGAUCCUGGGAGGCGUCCGCCGCUCCUACCCCGUGACGAGCCCCAAGUGGGUUACCCAAGGCAGCAGCGGUACGCCCAGCGCCAGCAGCGCCGCCGGCAGGGCCGCCACCGCGGCCAGGGCGGCCGCCGCCGCCAGGAC